AUUUGAUAAAGAUUUGACUAAGAUUCGAAUUUGACAAAGGUCUUUAAACGUCUGACAGAGAUGGCACCCAAGGGAUUUCCAGAAUUACUGAAAGAGCACGAGGAUGAGUUGGUUGAAUCGUUGUUGCAUUGGUCAUUGAGUAAUGGAUUAAUAAUGUAUCCACCAAAUUAUGCCAAAUACCAAGCUAAUAAUGCACCAAUUACACUCUUCCCAACACCAUUUCCCAAGAAGUUAUAUGAGAAUGCCAUUGAAGUUCAAGAGGUUUUCAACGAAUUAUAUGUGAAUGUGAUCAGUAAAGAAAAAGAAUGGUUAAUAGCUAAGAUAAAAGAAUUGAGUGAAUUUGACCAAAGCUUUACUGGUGAAUUGUUCAACAUCUACCAAAAGAUUUUAUCGGAGAAUGGGGGUAAAUUGAAGCAAGAGUUGAGCUUAGGCUUAUUUAGAAGCGAUUAUAUGAUCAAUUCAGUAGAUGAAACGAUCAAACAAAUUGAAUUUAAUACUAUUAGUGUAUCAUUUGGAGGAUUAUCAAGUAAAGUUGGGAAAUUACAUCAAUAUUUGAAUAAUUCAGGAUAUUAUGAUGAUAAGUAUUCGAUGAAGUAUUAUGAUAAUGAGCAUAUACCAAUUAGUAAUUCAAUUAAUAAAUUGGCUAAAGGAAUAAAUGAAGCCAAUUAUUAUUAUAAUGACCAGACCCAUAAUACUAAAACGGUUAUAUUGUUUAUUAUUCAAGAAGGGGAACGUAAUGUUUUUGAUCAAAGACAUAUAGAAUAUUCGUUAAUUGAAAACCAUCAAUUAAAAUCAUAUAGAUUAAGUUUAGAAAAAGUACAAGAAGAAGUUGUAAUCAAUAAUGAUAAGCUUUAUAUCAAACAAACCAUGGAUGAAGUAUCGGUUGUUUAUUAUAGAUCAGGAUAUGGACCAAAUGAUUAUACAUCAUCGAAAUGUUGGGAAUCAAGAUACUUAUUAGAGAAAACAUUAGCAAUUAAAUGUCCAUCAAUUUUAACUCAACUAUCGGGUACUAAAAAAAUCCAACAAAUAUUAACUAAUGAAGAAAUAUUGAAGAAAUUACUACCAAAAAUUGAUACCAAGACUUAUAAUCAAUUACUUUCAACUUUUGUUAAGAUAUAUCCAUUAGACGAUUCUGAAGAAGGUAAGUACGCUAAAAAAAUCAUUUCUGAAGAUUCUUCCAAAUUUGUAUUAAAACCUCAAAGAGAAGGAGGUGGGAAUAAUAUUUAUAAAGAAGAUAUCCCAAAAUUUUUACAAAAAAUUGACGAGAAAGAUUGGGGGGCAUAUAUAUUAAUGGAAUUAAUUCAUCCACCAAAAUAUUCCAAUAAAAUUAUUAGAAAUGAUGAAAUAUAUAAUGAAGAUAUCAUUUCAGAGUUAGGAAUCUUUGGAAGUAUUAUUUUCAAUGAAACCACCGGGGAAAUUAAACUGAAUUUUGAAAGUGGACAUUUAUUAAGAAGUAAAUUCAGCUCUUCCAAUGAAGGUGGUGUUGCUGCCGGAUUUGGUUGUGUUGAUAACAUUUACUUAUACGAAUAAUUUUGAUUUUUCAUUUUUGGCUUCAAUACUUAUUGCCCAUAAUGCUCCUCCAAUAGUAUUAGUAAACAUGAAAAAUAUACUUAAUAAAG